AUGAAAGCCACGAAUAAUCAAGAUGCAGAUUCCAUUGAUAGUGGUACUUGUAGUGAAGAUACUUCCCCCAUUCCGCCACCUUUGCCAAAAAAGCUAAAUAAAAGUACGAAAGUGUUGUUAAAUGGGAACAGUACAACCGUUAUUGAAAACACUCGAAAUAUGCCAAUGCAUUUCUCUGACUCGGAUGAAAGUGAAUCAAGUCUCAGUUCUACAUCCUCUAUUCAAAACGCCAGAGUUCGAUUUAGUUUGAGUUACUUACCACUUCCAGAUUCUUUACUAAAAGACAUUCGCACGACAAACACUAUUUUGCGAAAGGCAAAUGAGGAUAAAUUGAUGGGAAGUUCGGUUGUAAGUGAAAACGAUACUGGUAAAAUAACUAUAAAACUCCAUGAAUUAACGGUAACUAAUGGCGAAUACAAGCCCCAAUCAAUCCUGAAGAAGACAAACAAUGCUCAGUAUUAUGCCGAUUCGACAAAGCCACAUGUUUAUGAUGAUGACAAGUUUUAUAAUUUCCAUAUAAAUGAGAGAGAUACAACACCAGAUACUGACGAUGAUUUGGACGAAGCCGCCGUACCAGUGCAAAAUACGGAAGAAACAUUUGCUGGCUUCAGAGAUAUUCAAAGUGGAAAUUCAACAAUUCGUAGUGCCAAAGGCACCGUACGUGGAGUUCGAAACAGAGUUCGAAACGGGAUAGCAACAUUCUUGAAAAUUCAACAGCACACUGCUACGCAAAACUACAAAGAAAAAGAGGCUGGUAAAGUGAUUGUUUAUACUACAAGUAUGGGUAUCGUACGAAAAACUUUUACAGACUGUGCAAAUGUUAAAAAAAUAUUAAAAACUUUAUUGGUCAAAUAUGAAGAACGAGACAUAUUCAUGUCAAAUAUUUACCAACAAGAACUACGAGACAGACUACAGAGCGACGAAAUACAAGUACCACAACUAUUUGUUGAUGGAGAAUAUGUUGGAAAUGCUCCUACUGUAGAGACCCUCAAUGAAAAUGGAGAGUUGAGGAAAUUACUGAAGCCAUACAAGAGCCUGGAAGCUACAAUAACAUGCCAAAUGUGUGGAGGCUUUCGAUUAUUACCUUGCAAUAGUUGUGGAGGAUCAAAAAAGUCUGUUCACCGAAAACACCAUUCAUUUACGAAGGAACUUCUUGUUUUAAAAUGCAUGGCAUGCGAUGAAGUGGGUUUGGUAAAGUGUCAUAAUUGUAAUGAUUGUUAAUAUAAUUGAAGCAAAAAAAACUAUUAGCUUUUAAGGUUUCAAAGGACAUGGAGUAAAUUAUAUAAGAAUCAUAUUUUUAAAAUAAUAAAAAGAAAAUUAAACAGA